AUGGGGGAGCUCAUCGAGAAGACUGAUAGUUGCAAGUGUCGGAUCCAAGAAUGGGUUCGUCAAGGAGGGGCAAAGUCGACAAAGGAUGAUUAUCGUGGUCAGAUGAAUUCGGUAAACUUUGAGAAGUGGUUCGGAGAGAAGGUACUGCCAAAUCUCCCGCCUAAUUCAGUAAUAGUUUUGGAUAAGGCUCCUUACCGUAACAGGCAAACAGAGAGAACUCCAACGAAGUUUGACACGAAAGUGCGAAUGCUGGAGUGGCUGCAACACAGAAAUAUCCCCUGUGAUGAGAGUAUGAGGAAGGACGAGCUGUAUGCAAAAGUACGAGCGAAUAAGGCAGCUGAGAAGUCUUUUGCUGUAAACCUGUUGGCUGAAAGCAAAGGCCACCAGGUCAUUCGCUCGCCACCUUACAACUGCGACUUAAACGCAAUAGAAUUAGCAUGGGGGAAGAUAAAAAGGCAUGUUAGGGAGCACAACAUAUCAGGGGACUUGGCUUCCACAAAUAUGCUGAAUCUUGUGGACGCAGCUUUCCAGACGGUUACUGCCAAUGAUUGGAAGGGAUAUUGCAAGAAAGUUAAAGAAACAGAAGAAGAAUAUUGGGCACGUGAUAGUGUCGUCGAAAUUGCUGUGGACGAAAUUAUCUUUAACACAGCCACAUCAGAUGUAAGUGAGGAAGACUCAGACACACAAACGGAAGACAGUGGCAGUGACUGA